CAAAAUCAGAACAAAAAAAAAUACUUGGGCAUCUGUUUUGUUCUUGAGGUUUUAAUUUUACCUUCUAAUUGUAUGUACAUAUAUAAAAUAAAACUAUUAGUACGUUUAGAAUAAGAAUAAAACACCUUUUUAAUAUCUUGAAAUGAGUGCUAUUGAUGGUGGACCUUCAUGUCCUCUAUGUGGAGUCCUUCUUAUUGGUAAGGCCAAUCGUUUGGUAACUGAUAGUUGUGGACACCGCAAAUGUCGCAGUUGCCUACUAGCUCAUGAUGAAUGCACGGAAUGUCUAAACCAGGAGCAAAAUAUUAGUGAUAGUAAAAAAAAUAUAAAUAUUGUGUUUGAAGAAUCGCAGAAUCUUUUAUCAGAUAACUAUAUGGUGACAAAAAAGAAAAGUAGAAAGGCCGUCUCAAUGCCAUCGCACAUACAACGAAUGGAUAAUGAUUCAGACCACGGUAUGCAUUAUUACUGCACGUUAUGUUGUAGAAAAUUUAGCAGUCGUACGCAACAGUACUAUCAUUUGAAUUGCGGAAAAGUCGACUCAAAGAAAUAUAAAUGCCAGCAAUGCGAAAAGGCAUUUUCUACAAAAUCUCAUUACAAUUACCAUUUGGAAACUCACGCCGAACGCACAUACUAUUGCAAGCAUUGUAAAAAAGCUUUUACGAAUCGAAUAGUUCUGCAGAAACAUGAACGCUCACAUAGUUCAAAAUCAUUUCAAUGCACAGAAUGUGAUAGACAAUUUCGAAACAAAGAGUCGUUAUCUGGCCAUUUUCGAAAAUUACAUGACGGUGGUGAUCUACCUUAUAAGUGCGAAGUUUGUCAUAAGACCUAUGCUUUGAAAUCCACUUUAAAACAACAUAUGCACAAACAUUUUGAUAAAAGAUAUGCAUGUAGAUACUGUGAUAAAAGGUUCCAACGUAAUUAUACACUAACCUUACAUCUUAAAAAACAUUCGAAGACUGAUUGUUUCAUUUGCGGUAUUUGCUUCCGUAAAUUCAGUGAUUCCUCAGUUUUGUUGAGGCAUGUUAAACUUCAUGAAGAUGGUGUUAAGUACCGAUGUCGAGAAUGUGAUGCGACUAUAAUGCGUAAGGAUAAUAUGAAGCGGCAUAUACGCACUAUUCAUCCAGGGCGUUCCUACGAAAGUUGUGUAGAUGUUAUAAGCCCCAUUAGCACUACUCUUCCCAAUGCAAUUAGCGCUGAUAACAUUUGCGGUGAAGUAGAAACUCUAAUUGAGCCAAAGUUAGUGGAAAACAGUGCAGUUAUAAAAUGUAUCGGAAAUGUUCAACCAAUGACUAUUCCAAAAUGUAAAAAUGCUUCAACAAUACUCAACAAAAGAAAAACACAGAAGCAUUAUGAUCCUAUCAAAUUAUACAGGAAGAUUUUAACUUCAGAUUAUGAUGAUGAAAGUGCUAAUGAAAGUGAGAGUGAAAAGGAAGAAGUAUACAAUAAAAACGCACAAAACGAUGUGAAAGCUGUAUCAAGUGUUGGUGUUUCUUCAACUUCUGAAAAGCGAGUAACAUGCAGUACAUCGAAUUUCAGUGAAAUGCAUUGGCGUAAAAAUUUUAAAUACACUUACGAAUAUCAAGAGUAGAAUAUGCUUUGUGUCGAUAGUAAUAUAUUAAAUAACACAUAUUUCUUUGAACCGAAUUCUAUAAAAGCUUUCUUUUUUUAAACAGAUUUUUUUUUAUUCAUAAACAUUUACUGCAGCGAAAAUUUUUAUUCACAUUUCUAAAAACAUUGUGAAAGUGACAAUUUACAUUCGAAA